AUGCAGUCGAAAAUGGAAUGGAGAAAGAGAUAUAUAAAGUUUGAAUUUAGGGAUAAAAUCGAAAGUGUACAGUUAGGUCUCAAACAAAUUGUCUCUGAUCUUCCCCUGGGUCUAGCAGUGGUUGAUGAAAACCGUGAUUUGCUCUUCCUUAGUUCGAUGCCGAUUCGUAACCUGGAAAAGGGGGCGGAGGCUGGAGUAAGGGCACUUGUUGUUGCCGCUCUUAGAGUAAGAAGAUCAGAGCUUAGCUUAAGGUUCACUUUUAGACAGAUGGGCCUAGACCUUUUGCCUCCUUCCUUCAAAGAGCUGAUUCGUGACAAGAGAAGAGCCUUGGAAACGACUAAAAGGCUAGUACCGUAUACGACAACAAGACCAACAAGAGUUCCUACUCAUACUCUUACUAAAGCACCGACAACUCCAACUGUAGCAGCGGUUAUUGCCAACAGCGUCUAA